UAAAAAUUGAACUCUGAUCCUUCACGUUCUUUAUGCUUUUAUCUCACAGACUCUUUUAUCAAAUCUUUUUUCCUUUUUUAUUUUGUGUUUUUAAGGGGUUUUCUGGGAUUUUAGAGAAAAAGACUAAAAACACUAUAAAAAGUUGCUUCCUUGCUUCUACAAAAGAGCUCUUUUUUUCCUCCCCCAGUAAUGGUUGUUGCUCUUCAUAGUUUCAAAGACAUCAAAAUCUUUAUGUAAAAGAUGAAGGGUGGAGAUCCAGCUUUCAAGCUCUUUGGAAGGAAGAUUCCUAUGCCUCAAUCUCAGAUUCAUGCUGGGGAUUCGACCAUUGUCGAAAUCGAAACUUCUCAGGCGAACACAUGUCAGUCCAUUACGGUAGAAAAUGAUACGGAAGAAUGCCGGACUUCUUUGAAAUCCAACGGGAUACGAAUGAACUGUAUUGUAAAAGAUGAACAGGUAGAGACAAAUGGUACAGACCAAGAGAAAGUUUUUAAGAAACCAGACAAGAUCCUUCCAUGUCCACGAUGCAACAGCUUUGACACAAAAUUCUGUUAUUUCAAUAACUAUAAUGUCAACCAACCUCGGCACUUCUGCAAGAACUGCCAGAGAUAUUGGACAGCUGGUGGAACAAUGAGAAAUGUUCCUAUAGGUGCUGGGCGGAGGAAGAACAAGCACUUGGCCUCUCAAUACCGACAGAUAAUAGCUUCUUCUGGCGGCGUACCAGUGACUCGGAUAGAAACCCCCGACUCUACGACUCAACAGCUUCUAUCUCCGGGGGAAACUACAACUGCCAUGGGAAAUGGAACAGUUCUAAAAUUUGGUACAGAAGCACCUCUUUGUGAAUCCAUGGAGACAGUGCUUAGCCUUGGGGACCAGAAGAGAUGUGUUGAGACCAGUACAGUCAGUUCAGGAGAAAUAAGAGAAGAACCUUCCUUGUGUGGGUCUUCCAUGACGCCAUGCGGCAUGCCUGGAAAUGUCAUGCAAAAAGAGAGAAUAGGUUCAGCAGGACCUAAUGAGCUGAACACAAAGCAUCCAACGCAGUGUUAUCCUGUUUCUCCUUGUAUUUUUCCUUGGAAUACAGGCCUAAGUAAUGUAGCUUCAAUGGCCACUGGUCAAUGUUCUUCUGAACAUAUUGGUGCACCAAACGGCACUACUUCGAAUACAGUUCAAUGGUGCCCUGCACCAAUGGUGGCAGUUCCGGGAUUUUGCCCGUCAAACAUUCAAUUACAGUUUGUGCCUGCUUAUUGGGGUUGCAUUCCUCUAUGGGCUCCUGGUGGAGGAAAUGUCUCUAUCAGUAAUUCCAGUGGUUGCCUAUCUCCAUCGUCCUCUACUAGCAACAGUUGUGGCUCAGGCAAUGGCUUACCGACACUAGGCAAACAUUACAGAGAAGCUAAUGUUGUCGAAGAGGAGCAAUCAGAGAAGUGCAUUCUGGUCCCCAAAACGCUAAGAAUUGACAAUCCAAAUGAAGCUUCAAGGAGUCCCAUAUGGGCUACAUUAGGUAUUAAACCUGGCCAGAAGGAUCCUUUACGAGGAGGUAAAAUUUUCAACGCCUUCGAAUCUAAAGCAGAAGGCAAAGAUCAUGUAUCAGAUGGCAGUUAUAUUUUGGAAGCAAACCCUGCAGCCCUUUCUCGUUCACACACAUUCCAGGAGAGCACAUAAAUAUUUGCCUCGAAAUCUAGGUGUAUGAUAAUAUGGUAUGAGCUUAUUGAAUGCACAGAUUUCAUCAGUUGAAAGCUGAAUGGAAGUAAAGCUGCUCCAGUUACCGACAAGUUAGGCAAUGUAUCCAUUCUUACUUUCCAGACUCGUGUAAAUAGUAGAAGACAGUGAUCGAGUGGUGUUCAUCAUUUGCGGAUUUCAUACACAUGCAUAUCUCUUUCGAUGUAGUUUGAGAAACAAGAAACGAAAAAAGAUAUGGUGCUUUUGAUUUUCAUAUAUUCAAAUUAUGUUAGGGGUUGGUCUUCUUCUGAAAUUAUUUGUGUACAAUAUCUCCAGUUUUGAAGAUGGAUAAAAAAAGAUUUCCCGGUAAAUACAGUUUUCA